AUGCUGGCACCUCGCUGCGCCCACUGCGUCUCCACGCCCUUUGGCUAUGGCUCGCUGCAUACUGAAACCAACACAAACGCCAGCACGGCUCGUGACGACGUUAGCGAGCGACCAAGCGACGCUGUCGUGGAUAGACCGCCGCCUACAACGCGCCAACGCGGCGGCUUUGCGCACGUGGAAUUCCCCUGGGGCCACGCCUACGUCCACGCGGACCUGGUCGCCGCUGUGCCGGUCUUUACGUUCUACGCGCUCUCGCGCGCGCAGCACGUGAAGUUCUCGCUGCCCUUUGCGCUCACGAGCUCGGGCCAAGCCAUGGUGGACGCCGUGCGGCGGGAGCUCGAGCUCGGACCGGACAUUGCCGUUGCGCUCGUGCAGACCGACUCGGUGCGCCAGCACGAGAUUGCGCCGCAUCGGACGCUCGGCGAGUCGACGAUCGGCGCGGGCCGAGCGCACCCGGUGCUGGUCUUGCAGACGCCCCUGUGGCGGUUCGACACGGCCAAGUGUGCCGACACGGUGCUCGUGCAGGACGCUUGUUCGCGGGCGGUGCAGGUGGCAAAAGGCUACGGCGCGGUGCUUGGCACGGGCGCAGUGACGUGUGGGGUCAAGUACUGGGAAGUGCAGCUCGAGCGGGCGCGGGAGGGCGACGGCGUCUUUGUAGGCGUUGCAGACGAAGACGUUGCGCUGGACACGCAUCUGUUUGCGACACGCGGCGUCGUGUGGGGCUUUGCGUGUGCUACGGGCCACAAGUUCCACACGGCGAUCGAGUACUAUGGCGAGCCGUGCAACGACGGGGACGUCGUCGGCGUGUUGCUCGAUAUGGAGUCGAAUCGACUGAGUUUUUACGUGAAUGGGCGGACCCUCGGCGUGGCUUUUACGGGCAUUCGGUCGACGCGACUGUAUCCUGUCUUUUUCCUGACGUUCAUUGGACAGAACGUCAAACUGCUACCGACCGCGGCGCCGCCAAUGCCGUAG